AUGGCUGAGGCGACCGGGGCCGUGGCUGCGGCGGCGGCGGCGGGGGCUGGGGCUGCGGCGGCGGCGGGGGCUGGGGCCGCGGCGGCGGCUGGAGUCGGGGCCGGGGCCGGGGCCGAGGCCAGGGCUGAGGUGGCCGAGCCCAGUGGCGAAUCCCAAAACGCUGAAGUUAAAACCCCGCAGCCCACGGUGAAAGUCGGGGCCCCGCCGAGACGGGACCCGCGCUCCGUGCUCAAAGUGUCGCAGCUGCUGCUCAGAGCCCUCGCCUCGCACAAAGUGCUGACGGUGGCCGCGCUCAAGAAGGAGCUGGGGAACGCCGGCUACCAGGUGCGCAGGAAGUGCUGCCGCCACUCGGGCGACGCGCCCAAGUCGGACGUCAGGGGCGCGCUCCUCAGGGUCAGCGGCAGCAACGCCUCCGGCUGUUUCAGGGUCUGGAAGACUCCGAAGCCCAGGAGAAAGCCCGGGCGCCCGCGGCUGGAGGGCGGCGGCCGGAGCCGCAGGCGGACCCUCGCGGCCGCACGCAGCCCACGGAGGCGCCGCGUGCGCCGCCGGGCGGCCGUGAAGGCCAGGGAGGUGUGGAGACGGAGCGUGAGGGCGGACGCCGCGGCCAGGAGGUUGAAGGCAAGAGCCAAGAGCCUGGUGCGCUCCAGGGCCAAGGCGAUGGACGCGGCGAGAGGACGCGUCGUGAGGGAGGGCCGGCCCCGGAGCCGAGAGGACAAGAAGCCGAAGGAAGAGAAGAAGCAGGAGCCCGGGAAGGCGGUAAAACGGACCAUCCAGAGGUCAGCGUCCGUGAAAACUGACCCAAGGGCCGCUCGCGCGAAGACUUCCACGAAAUUUGAAAGCCCUAAGAGUGCAGCCGGGAAUCCUUAGUGUGGGAGCCACUUCCCUUCCUCCAGGCACUGGCCGAUGCCUUCCCCCACAGGGCUCCAGUUAGAGCAGCUCUCUCACCCUAUGAAAUGAACGAACUAUCACAAGACCUUUCAAAUCACCACAUUGUGUCUGUUUCCUCUUUGUCCACUUGGGGGCGCG